AUGGGCCAUGCAUGGCACGCCCACUUUGAGAAAAUCGUUUUUGGUGUUUUUUAUUCAGUACUUGAGAUCAGUGAAAUUCUCAUUGAAUUGAGCGAAACCGAAACAAUACGCUAUCAACCUGCGGCAAAUCAACAAGUGUUUGUGGUUGGUCGUUUGGGUGCAAAGGAGAGGGAAUGCAUGAGAAUAAUGGAACGCAUUUGGCUGAAGCCAAGGCAAGUAUGUGUAACACCAUCAACCAGUAGUAUGUCUUCUGAAGUGGAAGAUAUCAAACAGUUUCAGGGCAACAAACCAGAAAUGGAAAGGCGCCGUCGUGCCCGUAUGAAUCAAGCUUUUGAGCAACUCAAAAAGUUCCAUCUGAUGCAUUCACCCAAUCAAACGUCAAAACUCGAAAAGACCGAUGUGCUCGAGCUAACCGUCGAAUACUUGAAGAAUCUUCACGAAAAUGUCAACAACUCCCCACCACAAACCGCGCACUGUCAGUGCUUGCUUCCACCUACUUUAUCGCAACAUUGCGCUUGCAUUAACCGUGAUAUCUAUAAUGUUCACGAAUCCAUAAGCUCGAUUGUCUGA